AUGGCUAUGAAUUUCGUCACUUUCAACCAGGACUACAGCCACCUGGCUGUUGGCACCUCCCGAGGGUUUCGUAUUUUCACCACCGAUCCCUUCGCAAAAUGUUACGAAUCCAGGGAAGCCGGCAACAUUGCCAUUCUCGAGAUGCUCUUUUCUACCUCCCUUGUCGCCUUGAUCUUGUCUCCUAGGAGGCUCCAGAUUAAAAACACAAAACGAGACUCUAUAAUCUGCGAACUUACCUUUCCCACUACAGUGCUGGCGGUGCGCUUGAACAGAAAAAGGCUGGUUAUUGUGCUGGAAGAUCAGAUAUAUCUCUACGAUAUCCAGACCAUGAGACUGCUCUACACCAUUGAGACCUCUCCCAAUCCUACAGGCAAGACACCCAUCUGUGCCCUUUCCCCUUCCUCCGAAAAUUGCUACUUAGCCUACCCAUUACCACAGAAGGCGGCAGGUUCCUCCGCUGCUCCGCCCUCGCACGCGCCCCCCAGUGCCACACAUAUUGCUCCUACGUCUGGCGAAGUCCUACUGUUCGAUGCUGUUAAAUUGGAGGCCGUCAAUGUUGUGGAAGCACAUCGCUCCCCGCUGUCUUGUGUGACAUUCAACAACGAAGGGACAAUCCUCGCGACAGCCUCCGACAAAGGGACGAUCAUCCGAAUAUUCUCGGUGCCGGAUGCUCACAAGCUAUAUCAGUUUAGAAGGGGCUCCAUGCCUGCGAGAAUAUACAGCAUGGCUUUCAACAUUACAUCCACUCUAUUAUGCGUUUCCUCGGCCACCGAGACCGUCCACAUCUUCAAGCUGGGACCACAAACGGCUCGAACGACCGACGAGAGCGAGCAGGCGGCUUCACCCACUAAAUCGAGUGGCGCUUUCACCCGGCGAUUGAGUCAAGGGAGCGAUUCGGCAUACGAUCUUCCGGCCGACGAUGAAGAUGAAGCAGAAUCUCCGACAGCACUGACAAGCCGCAAACCGAAUGGGACGUUUAUGGGUCUGCUACGAAGAACGUCCCAACACGUAGGGAUCAAUCUUGCCACGACAGUCGGCGGGUACCUCCCCAAAGGUGUAGCCGAAAUGUGGGAGCCGUCGCGAGACUUUGCUUGGGUCCGGCUUUUGAAGUCCAAUUCCGGGACUUCGCCGAGUCAGCUACGCAGCGUGGUGGCUAUGAGUCCCAAUUCUCCACAGGUCAUGGUCGUUACGAACGAGGGCAACUUUUACGUCUUCAGCAUUGACCUAGCAAAAGGUGGUGAGGGCACAUUGAUCAAGCAGUAUUCGUAA